AUGCAGAGGAAUCCCAUUAUCGCCCGCGGCUUGCAAGCACUGGUCACUCAGGCCUCCGCCUUGGGAGCAACAGUUCCUAUGGAGACAAUGUUGAGACCUAUAUCUUGUGCCACGGAAACUCGCCAGCGUCGGCGAAGCCGUGAUCAGUGUCCCAUCAAAUCUCCGCACCCGCAGCCAGACACAAUGGCCAGACUGCAGUCCAAGGAGGCCAAAGAAAAGGAACUAGAGGCCAAAAAGAAAGAACUCAAGGCUAUCCGAGACAAGAAGGAAGAACUCGCACAGAAUACAACCUACUCUAUCUGGUAUUUCCUGCCAGACGCAUACCAAGUCAACGUCAACCCGUCCAAGAUUAAAAAGCCGCCUCCGGUGAUUCCAAAAUGGGUCCCGAAAUCAAUGCCGAUGAUUCCGGUGGGCGUCAUUACGGACAUGCCGAACAAUUGGUCUGACAGAGGCUACUGGACCAAAUUCCAUGGAACUACAGCCUUCCUGAAACCUAGCAGACUGAGCAGGCUUCUGUUCUUCUUCUCGGAAUACAUAACAUCGACCACAAACUACACCGCAAGAAGACAUGAAUGGAUGCACAGGAUUCCUGGAUUGGCCUCAGCGGCGAGGAACGUUAUUCUGAAACCAGCAGAGCUGACCCGAACACAAAAGCGGCUAUACUAKGUACCUGGAUACAUUCCAGAGCAUGAGCAGCAGCAGCAGCAGCAGUAA